AAUGAAUGAACUCACUCACCUGAUUGGACGCGUAUCACGCAGCUUGUUUAAUAUUCAUGAGACAUGCCUUUGCAGUAGUAGGAUUCGUAAUUUGCGAGUGCAGAUGGAUAUAUGUGCACGUGGUGAAUCUGUAAACAGUUUUUGUGUCGUGCAUUUAUUCAGUUUGCGGUUUAAGAAAUAAAAGGAGGAGAGUUGAAUAUUAUUAUGGACGAAGUAAAUCGAGCGGAUCCUCCGAACUGGAUCCAGCAGCACGCCGUCUAUCAAGACCUGAUGCAUUUAGAUGUCGGUGACAGUGCUCAAGUAUAUGCUGCCUUCCUGGUGUACAUGGAUCUGACGGAAGUGCGUAAAUGGAAAGAGGUGGUUGGAGUUUCCUGCCCAGAGCUACAGGCGGUUCUGUUGGAGGGUCGAGAGAAGGAAGGAGAAACAGUCCAGAUGGUCUACCCUCUGCCUUCACACAGAUCCAUCAAACACAGAGAGUUGCGGUGUAUAUUGGACAGAGGUGCCCCGAUGCUCUUGUGUGCAGUGGCUUCGGACUCCACUCUGGUGUAUCAGAGACUGUGUGACGGCUUUCUGACCCCUGACCCUCCAGUGGACAUUCAAGACCAAGGCCGCAGACAGCGUCACAAACGGAGGUUACAGACGUGAGAGAAACACCCAGAUGAUACAGACAGACUGUGAUUCCUAACUCUCCAGAUGUGAGGAUUGGGUAGUACUUACAGUCCGAAUACAUUUAUGAACUCAUUUUAUCUUUGAAGAUGAGAGAGACUGAAUUUAUAAGGUCAGCUUAGACAUGGACUGUAUUUGUCUGUAUGAGUGGAUCCAUGCUGCUUUUGUCUGUUAUGUAUUACACAAACACAACACCACUGAGCUGCUCUUUUUUUACUCAAAUGCUUGAAAUGUCAGAUGUGUAAAAUGACACAUUCUGAGAAAAAAAACAAAAAAACAGAAAGCU